AUGUCAAGCAAAGGCCUCAUCGCUACAUUCGCACGUCAAUGCAGCAAUGAGCAGGUAGCUCGCCCCGCGACAGCCGGUGCACGGCGGUAUCUGCAUGACUACUUUGUCACCCAUCUGCCGUCCUCGUCGCUGCAUCCUGAUUCCCACGGCCCGACGUCGUUUCAUAAACUCCCGCGCUCUGCGUCGACACCGCAUACUGGUGGAACCGAUCUCUCUUCGCCAGCGACUAUCCAGACGCCCCCGGGCAUUGCCCGUGACACGACGGUCGUGCGGAUCCCGUUACGUAGUGCCAAGCAUCAUUUCGGAGCUUCUGCCUCUCGUGGGUCUCGAGCAUACAAUGAGGAUACCUACCAGGCUGGCGUGAUUGCGCUACCGGCAUUUGCGCGACGAUCGCCAUUGUCGUUGACAAUUCGUCGUGCAUCCGGUGCCGAGACGGUUGCUGCGCCCUCGGCGGUGGACAGCACGAGUGGCGACCCCCAAGUGUUCUACUUUGGCGUUUUUGACGGCCAUGGGGGCUCCGAGUGCAGUGACUUUCUGCGCGAUCGACUGCACCAGUAUCUUGAAGAAAGCGCGGCUGAAUUCCAAGUUCAGUCCAGCUUGAAAACCAAGCUUACGGCUGCCCAGGAGAAACGAGAACGAAGCGAGCGGCCGGCAUCAUACCGGUUCGACCUGAACCGGGCGAGCUUGCCCAUCCUUCAAAAUGCGAAUACAGAAAAAGUCGCGGAACGGGAAUCCAGAUUGCUCGAGUCGUGGAGAAACCUUGUUGGCGGGUACUUUAAGCGAUUCAAGCCGCCUCAUUUCUCGUGCAUCCAAUCCGAAGGAGCAUCGACAAACCUUUCACGCAACCUGGGGGUCAACCCGAGCAGAAGAGAGCCAGCAAAGGGGAUUCUGAUGGAGGAGGUGGUCGAGUACGCCUUUCUCAAGGCCGACUUUGACUUUGUAUCGGCACAGGCAGCGAAAAAGGACGACGACCUUGUUCAGUCUGACCAGCCACUGAACGAACAUGAUAUUCUUCACAGCCCGAGCCAAUCACCCCCUGGGCUGAUUGGAGGCCCCAAGAGAUUUAUUGGCGGGAGCACAUGCAGCGUGGUCAUGAUCUCCACGCCCACGCCUACACCAUUCUGGCACCCAGCGGCGCCGUCUUCCAUGCUGAUAUCGCAUGUCGGCGACACUAGGAUCCUCCUCUGCGACACAAACACGGGGGCUGCUAUUCCUGUCACCAACGACCACCACCCAUCCUCUCCGAUAGAAGCAAACCGCCUGCGACGGUACGCGGCGACGUUUGUAACGGAUUCGUUCGGAGAAGAACGCAUGAGCGGACUGGCCAACACGCGAGCCUUUGGCGACAUUCACUCGAAGCGCAUUGGAGUGUCGGCGGAACCAGACAUGCAUCGAAUUGACCUGGCGCCGGCCGAGUUCUCGUUUCUCGUGCUCAUGACGGACGGCAUCAGCGGCACUCUCCGCGACCAGGAGAUCGUGGACAUUGUCAAGGAGGCCCGGACGCCGGAACAAGGCGCGCAGGACGUGGUAAACUUUGCGACCGAAGUCAGCAAGGAGGGCGACAACGCAACGUGCCUGGUGGUGCGUCUUGGUGGUUGGGAGCGCCGACUUGAGGGCGGCCUGGGCAGUAUGGGCAGCAAAGAAGCGCGCGACUUUCGCCGACAAGAAGCCACGGAUCCGCGCAGGUCGCGUACUUGA